UCAAGCGAGAUGACUCAUGCGAGAGAGAGCGCAUUAGCGAGCUAACUAGCGCAAGUAAGCAAAAGCUACGUUCGCUUAUAGGCAACAAACGGUGGUCUAGACUAUUUGCUGGAACCAUCAGUAUUGAUGGCACAACCUCCUACACUACUACUCACUACCUUAAAGGGAAACAUCAAGGUCACACAAUGAACAAACCUGCCAUAGCGCCUCCUGUGUUUGUUUUCCAAAAAGAUAAAGCUCAGAAGCGAUCUGCAGAGAGCUCGAGUGCAGAGGAUGGAGAAGAUUCAGAUAAAGAUGAAAGAAGCUAUUGCCCUCCUGUGAAAAGGGAAAGGACCUCAUCGUUCCCACCCCCACAUUCUGUUCCCAAGAACAAUGUAUUCAUGCCCCCAAGUUUCUGCCAAUCACCAACAGGGAACUCUGACUCUGAGCCAGAGGAGAAGCCGGUGGCAUUCCGUUUAAAGCCACCCACUCUCAUACAUGGACAGGCACCAAGUUCAGGUGUUCCAAGUCAGAAACCCAAGGAGCAGCAACGCAGUGUCCUCCGCCCUGCAGUUCUCCAGGCACCGCCUUCUAAAGCUCAUAUAGAGUCCAAUUCCAGUUGUGGAACCAAUGGUGUGAAGAAGUCAUCAGAUGGGGUACCCGCUACCCAGUCCCUCUUCCUGAACAACACAGAGCACUCAGCCACAUUGGCCAAGACACUGAAACAUGAAAAUAAGGAAGAUGGAGCAAGUGGUAACAGAGAUGGAGGCGGGAGAGAGAAGGAGACAGAUGUAGCGAUAUCUUUUGUGUUUGGUCAGAAUAUCAAAGACAGAGCAAAGUUGGAUGAGAACAGUACAGAAGAUAGGUCAAAGGAUAGUGUGCCACUGGAGCCUCAAUCAGAGGGCACCAAUUAUUUCUUACAGUACAUCUCCACCCCAAGUUCAAAAAAUGCUACAAACAGUACAGACAGUGGGGCAAAAUUUAUUUUCGGGCAGAACAUGUCGGAACGAGUUCUGAGUCCACCCAAAGGAGAAGCCUCAAAUGAGGAAAAUAAAGAGGCUUCAGUUGUCUCUGUUUCAGAGCCCUCGUCACAGGAAACCACCCCAGAAAAGGUGAACAAUGUGUCUGAAUCUUUGGAGGAGUCUGCAGCAGCAUACACCAAAGCCACAGCCAAGAAGUGCAUCUUAGAGAAGGUUGAUGUCAAAACUGGAGAAGAAUCAGAAAGCAAUGUUUUACAGAUGCAAUGCAAGUUAUAUGUUUUUGAGAAGACUGUUCAGUCGUGGAUAGAGAGAGGUCGAGGUUUGCUGAGGCUCAACGACAUGGCAUCAACAGAUGAUGGGACACUACAGUCACGUCUAGUGAUGAGGACCCAGGGCAGCCUCCGAUUGAUCCUGAACACCAAACUUUGGCCCCAGAUGCAAGUGGAUAAGGCCAGUGAGAAGAGUGUACGAAUCACUGCCAUGGACACAGAGGACCAAGGGGUCAAGGUCUUCCUAAUAUCGGGUAGUUCUAAAGACAUAGGUCAGCUGGCUGCAGCAUUACACCACCGUAUCUUAGCCCUGAAGAGCCGGGUGGAGCAGGAGCCUGAGGCCCCAGCAACAUCCAUCUCCGAGGCUGAGGUGCCGCAGUCCAAUGAGGAUGACAGUGACGAGGAAGACAAUGCCUCCACCUCUGCUUCAGCCUCCACUCCUGCUACAAGUAACUCGGAGGGAGGAGACAGUCAGGCGGCAGGAAGCACAUAGCGUCAAUCUUGGACAGCCUACUAAGAUGCUGCUGUUGAAGCAUUUUGCUGUAGGCAUCUCCAUGGACACCCCUUGACCAACCUGGGUCCUCCAGACCAGUACUUUUGGAUAUUAGAAGUCUAGCUCCAGGAAAUAACCCCCUGUGCCGGAGUGUCUCGCCCAACUCGUGCAGUUCAUCUUCUCUGCAUUCAGCGUAAUAUCUGGAGUCUUUCUUCCUCCCUCCCUCUCCUGUUUUGCAUUUUAUUUUUGUUUUUGAGUAUUUUUCCUCCCCCGAUAGCAAAAAUAAAGACUUCAAAGCUUUGGUUUGGGACUUUUCUGCUCAUCAUAUUGAUGAGUGUAUGGGUGUUUUCCUCUACAUUUUAAUGUAUGGCACAUGUUAAGACUGCAGUUUCUACUUUGGGACCUUUUUACUCACUCUACAGCUGUACCUCUGGACGCCACAUCCAGAGGAGCUUCAUUCACAGUGUAUUUGCCUAGUCAUCCAAUCAGUUGUUCCAACAUGGAGUCCAAACCUCCCAUCCCAGCCAGUCUCUGUGUUACGUUUGGCAAAUCUAAUUUAUUUUGGGCCAUCACUGUCAUGAGACAUCAACACAUAUGUGCUGUUUGUAAUGGCUAGCCAAGUCUAUCCAAAUUGUCAUUAAUAUCAGUUACGUUUCCUAUUGAAUUAUAUUAUAUUGAAUAAAAGACUCGGCUUCUGCUAAUGAGUUAGUAAUGCAAGGGCAAAAGGACUUACCUCAAAUUUUCUCUAAAUUAAUAAGAUGUUAAGUCAUUCUUUACCUUGUGGGUUUUUGAUUCCCCCUGAUCAAGAGAAUUGACUGUCUACAUUCUACAUAUAACUGCUACUUCUGGUUUUACCUGCAGCAUCAGAAGGGAUUGUGUUGAUGCAUAUUUUUACUUUGAAAAUAAACAAUUUGUCCAUUCGCAUUUUGGGAACAUGUUGGAAAGACGACAACACUCAAAUUUUCCAAUCCUGAAAUUAACUGUAAUACCCCUUGAAACUUCAUGUACAUUUGAAUAAAAUCAUUUAGUAGCGCACCGUGUUUUCUCAUCUCCAACUGCCCCCUUUACAAAAUAAAACAUUUUGGAACGACUUGAUUUUUUUUCCUUCUAAAAUUUGAUUAU